AUGGGCAUGCAUUUUCAAAAAAUCCUGGUAUUCGGAGGUGUACUUAUAGCCCUCCUGUCAGUUAUCGUUAUCCUGGUGGGUGCUCUUUUAAGCGAUUCGAUUCCUAAUGUCCUAGCACCAGAGGAACGGCACUUUGACUUUGAUUAUGUGAUUGUGGGUGCUGGAACUGGAGGAAGCACGUUGACAUCUCUCUUGGCAAAGCACAGCAAUGGCAGUGUACUGCUAAUCGAGGCCGGUGGCCCUUUUGGACUGCUUAGCCGGAUACCUCUUCUAACAACGUUCCAGCAGAAAGGAAUUAAUGACUGGUCAUUUCUAUCAGUGCCCCAAAAAAACUCCUCUAAAGGAUUGAUUGACAAAAGACAGUGCCUGCCGAGGGGCAAGGGGCUGGGAGGUUCGUCCAAUUUAAACUACAUGCUUCACUUUGAUGGCCAUGGGCCGGACUUUGAUAGCUGGCGAGAUCUGUACAACCUGAAUGACUGGAGCUGGGGGAAGAUGCGUUCAUUCAUGGAGGCUGCCAAAGCGAAGCCAACAGACAUGUUUGAAAUUCCACGGGAUUACUCCAAGAUUACUGAAGCUCUAAACGAGGCGCAGGCCCAGUUUUCCCACAAGGAUUGGACCUUUCAUAGGUCUAGGUACAAUAUCAAGCAUGGCCUUCGCCAUUCCGUGCAACAGCAAUUUCUGAAUGUGGUGCUCCAUCGGCACAAUCUACGCCUUUUACCCGAAGCCUUGGUGAAGAGGAUUCAGUUAACUCCUAGCCCUAGACCCCAGGCAAGCUCGGUUCUAGUUGGGAUUAAAGAUGAGAAUAACAAAGAGUUGGAAUUCACCAUCGAAGUGGGUAGAGAGCUGAUCCUCUGUGCAGGAGCCUACCAAACGCCACAAUUAUUAUUGGCCUCCGGUAUAGGUGACAGCUCCAUGUUGAAAAAGUUGGGUAUACCUCUGCAGCACCAUUUGCCCUCUGUGGGACAAAACCUCCACGACCACUUUAACGUUCCACUCUUUGUUUCAAUGGGAGUAGUUGGACCUACCUUAAACCAGAACACAUUGCUGCAUCCUAUGACUUUGAUCAAUUUUCUAAGCUCUGGCUCUGGGCCACUGGGAAACUUUGGAGUAUUAGGAAACGUCGCCAGUCAUGGGGGACCCUUUCCCUUCGGCAUUACCUUUUUUGGAGCCGGAGCCAUCGACGAGGCGGCUCUGAUGUCUAUUUCAAAUUUCAAAGGACCUGCAUUUCGCGCCCUAUUUCCACGAUAUUACAAUUCGUCUCAGGAGGGAUUCGUAGUCAUUUCCAGUUGCCUUCAGCCAAGAUCCCGAGGAUCUGUGGGUCUUAUAAAUCGUCAUAUGCGCAGGAAUCCACUCAUAGAUCCAAACUAUCUAAGUAGUCAAGAGGAUGUGGAUUGCAACAUCGCAGCCAUUCGCAGUGCUGUAAAAAUAGUCACUUCCUCUUCCUUUGCAUCACUGCAUCCCCGAAUUCAUUGGCCCAAGCUCCAAGAAUGCUCCAAUUUCGGUCCAUUUGAGCGGGACUUCAUUGACCACCAUCCUUCCGACCUCUACCUGGAGUGCCUAAUGCGCCACAUUGGUCUGGGAUCUCAUCAUCCAGGUGGAACCUGCGCCUUGGGCAGCGUUGUGGAUUCGCAUCUAAGAUUGAAUGGCGUGGCCAAUGUGCGGGUGGUGGACGCCAGUAUACUGCCCCGUCCCAUCUCAGGGAACCCCAACUCGGCGAUCGUUGCCAUAGCUCUGAGAGCUGCCUCCUGGAUACUGAAGAGCGAACUAAAUGCCGGUAGUGACGCCAAAUAAUUAAAUUGCUCAGGGAAAUUGUUACAAAAGCGUUCAAGUUGAGGGACAACACGGAAAAAAAUUAUUAUGGUCUCAAAAAAACAAAGAUUAAAAAACUUUUUUCAACAAAAAGUAUUAAAAACAAUAUACCCAUUAAUGAGUGUUAUUUUGUGAGUGUUAUUAUAUAAAA